AUGCAAGCUAUCGCCGCUUUGCCCCAGCAGGCACUGUCUGUCUCAGUUAUGCGGCCUCUACAGCCAUUGGGUCCUGUCAAUGUCAUCUUCGUCUCAUCGGAUGGUGUACACUUCUAUGUCCAUUCCCGCAUUAUCCUCAGCGAAUCUAUGAACAUGUUCGGUGCCAUCUUGUCGGCCAAGAGAGACCAAAACAGCGACAAUCGACUUAUCGCACUGUCAGAGCCGGCCGCUAUCGUCAACGUCGUCCUUCACACAGUAUACUCCAUUUCCUGCGCACCGUACCAGCCCGAUGCUGAUACCCUCAUCGCCGCCAUCAAGGCUCUCCCCAAGUACGGGCUGUCUCUGAAGCAGUGUCUCUCCCCCGCCAUGCCUGCCUAUGCCGUCGUGCUAAACAUCGUACCGCGCGCUCCGCUCGAGUUCUACACGCUCGCUGCUGAGCACGCCAUCCACCCCCUCGCCGUGGCGAUAUCCAAGCACCUGGAGAACCUCGAGAUCACAGACAUCUCGGACGCGCAGAUGCAGCGCAUGGGCGGACUAUACUACAAGAAACUUCUUGUCAUGCUCGAGCGGCGUGCGGACAUGGUGAAGCGGCUCGUGCGUGCGCCGCCUGAGCCUCAUCCGCCCAUGCCCGACUGCUCCGAACUAGACCAACAGGCGAUGCGGAAUGCGUGGACGCUGCUCGUGUCAGACUUUGCGUGUGAGCCGUUCAGAUAUACAUCGAGCCAGUCCGUGAUGGCGAAGGUGGGAAUCUUGCCGGGUAUGAUGAUAUGUAACGGCUGCAAGGACGUGAUAGGGGCACGUCUCCAAAUGCUGCAGGCGCAAUUGCUUGAACUUGACCAAGACUACGCGAUAGAGUGA